AUGGGUGCUUCGGUUCCGGUUGCACCAGGGGAGAUGGAGCUUCAGAAGGAGUUGAGUUAUGAUGCUGGACUUGAGAAGCAGGAUGUUACGCCGCCAUAUGAACAAGAUGCCUUUGGCAAUGAGGAUUCGGCGGAGGUUAAAUACAAGGUGUUGAGGUGGUGGCAAUGUGGUUUGCUUAUGGUUGCUGAGACCGUUUCGCUGGGUGUUCUCUCUCUGCCAUCUGCUGUUGCGACUAUGGGUCUCGUUCCCUCUAUCAUUGUGCUGCUUGGCUUGGGAGUCAUCACCACUUACACGGGAUACAUCAUGGGUCAGAUGAAGUUGCGGUUCCCUCAUAUCACCACUAUGUCUGAUGCCGGUGAGGUGAUUGGUGGUAAAUUCGGCCGCGAGUUCGUCGGUGCUUGCUGGAUCAUCUUCUUCAUCUUCAUCAUGGCGAGUCACUUGUUGACCUUCACCGUCGCCAUGAACACCAUUACAGACCACGGCACCUGCACCAUCGUCUUUGGAAUCGUGGGAAUGAUCAUCUCCUUCAUCUGCUCUCUCCCUCGUACUCUGGACAAGAUGUCAUGGUUGUCCCUCGUGUCAUUCGUCAGUAUCAUGUCAGCCGUUCUGAUCACCAUGAUCGCUCUUGGAAUUGAGAGGCCCGACAAGCACGUCGUAGCCAUCGCAAACACCAAUCUCUACCACGGAUUCACCGCUGUGACCAACAUUGUCUUUGCAUUCUGCAGUCACGGCGCUUUCUUUGGUUUGAUGGCUGAGCUGCGCAACCCACGCGACUUCACCAAGUCCCUCUGCCUGCUGCAGAGUAUCGAUGUCUCCCUCUACCUGGUCGCCGCAGUGGUCAUUUACUGCUACGCCGGAGAUGGAGUCACCUCUCCAGCCCUUGGAUCCGCUUCCCCCGUCGUCUCCAAGAUCGCUUACGGAAUCGCGUUGCCAACGAUUGUCAUCGCCGGUGUCAUCAACGGCCACGUCGCAUUUAAAUACGUCUAUGUGCGCAUCUUCCGCGGCACCGACCGCAUGCACAAGCGUGACAUGAUCGCCAUCAGCUCCUGGAUCGGUAUCGCUCUGGGAAUGUGGGUUCUGGCCUGGAUCAUUGCAUCUGCCAUCCCGGUAUUCAGCGACUUGCUGAGCUUGAUUACUGCUCUCUUUGCUAGCUGGUUCUCUUUCGGAUUCCCGUCUAUCAUGUGGCUCUUCAUGAACAAGGGCGUGUAUUUCUCUUCACCACGCAAGAUUGUCAUGACCGUGAUAAAUCUCAUCAUCAUCGCCAUCGCAUUUGCUUUAUGCGGUAUGGGUCUUUGGGUGUCUGGAAAGGCUAUCCAUGACAACCCCAGCAGCGCGAGCUUCUCCUGUGCGAAUAAUGCUUAA